AUGAAGUUCUCCACCAUCUUUGGGUUGUUCUCUGUCGCCUCCAUGGCCUUUGCUUCCGACGCUCCUGUCGAAGAAGCUCCAAAAGAUGCCGCUGCCGCUGUCGAUUUCUCGAACUUGGAUUUCUCGAUCACUUAUCAAUUCGACGGUCAAGAUGCCAGUAGUCAAGUGUCCCGUCUUUUUAACGAAGACCAAGUGUCUGUCACUUACUCCUUUGUCAACAACAGAGACAUCCCAGUCUCCAUUGUUGGGGUUGGUGGGUUCUUCAAAGAUGCCCAAACUUUGGAGCCAAAAUUCAACUUGACUGAUACUGCCGUGGGUCCAGUGGCCGUUGAUGUCAAUGGUGGUAAAGGUGAAUUCAUCCAAAAGAUCAGUAUUGAUAUGUAUCCUGCUGCUUAUGUGUUUGCUCCAACCAUUUACAUCACUUACGACAACACCAUGUACGUGGUGACCCCUAACCCAAGCUUCAUCACCGUCGAAGACCAUCCAAUCAGCGUUUUCGACCCACAAUUGUUGUUCGUGUUGACUAUCCUCAUUGGUGUUUUUGGUACCGUUGGUUACUUUGUUGCUGUGCAAUUCGCUAUCCCAUACGUCAACAAGAACUACCUCAAGAAGAAUGCUCCAAAGCCAAUUAAGCCUACCGUCUCCAAGAAGGCCACCACCAGUGCUUCUACUACCGGUGCUAAGAGUUACGAUGAAAACUGGUUACCUCAAGGUCACUUGAAGAAAUCUUCCAAGAAGAAAUGA